CCGGCAUGGGACGAUAAAGCCCUGUGAUUCGUCGUGACAUCCUGAUUAGGGCGACGCUAGUCGCCACCACCAUGAGGUCGCGUGCAGCUGAGUUCAAACACGCAGUCCAGCUCUCCUCUUUCCUUGUCUUAGGACUGCGAUUUGAGUCACGCUUCAUUCUGAUUCAACACAUGCAGAAGCAGCACAUUAUACGAGCCGAAGCGAAGCUUGACAAGUGCACAGUCGCGAAGGUCAGAAUGACAACGCGAGUCACAGUCGAGUCUUGUACCGCCUCAGGCUUGCAAGGUGGACCAAGGCGGUUUGUGCAAAUGCUCACGCCAGACCUCCUUCUGCCAUGUGCUACGUGUCCUUGCGAGUCUGUUGGUUCGUGAACAUAUACACCGACUUAAUCGUCAAUCGCCUCCUCACUUCUCCACCAUAAACCCAUCAUCCAGUCGCCUCCCAGCGCAGAAACAGCCCAGUCACUCGCGCCAUUGUCUGAAACAACAUGUCGGCCAACUAUGCGCCCCCCGGUCUGGCGUAUUCGGCCCAAGUGGGACGCCAGAUGACCGUCAUCACCAUCAACUUCGCUUUCAGCGGCAUGGCAGCCCCGCUGGUCGCUUUGCUCUUGUGGUCGGCAAGGCGGAGACACUUCAAACUGGCAACCUACUGGGUCGCCCUUCUCUGCGCCCUCCUGCUCUUCGUUGCUUCAUUCCUCAAUGGGCCAGACAUGUAUUGGGGACCAGUAUAUCACAGACCGAUCCCUCUUGCGUUUGACGUAGUCAUUGGAGCCAUCAACUUUCUGCUCCCUUGGCUUGCGGAUUUGAACGUGACUCUGAGGCUCCUCAUCUUCUACCCUCUCAAGCGCACCUCGUUCCGAACCUUGGCCGCCGUAUUUGGCCUGCCACUCGCCAUUAAGCUGGCUCGAUUCGCUAUGAUUGUAUGGUAUAUCAAUUUGUACACCGAAGUAGAGCGCGGUGCGCAUCAUGGCGACAGAGAAGCUCAAGCUAAGUUGGCAAACGUGCCCGGACCAGUGUAUGCAGAAUUCGCCCUGCAAAUUCUCGACAACCUUUGGGGCUCCGGUAUCCUCAUCUAUCGACUGCGAUCGUUCCUCUUCAACCACUACAGCGUUGUCGGCGAAGCGUCCACUGUGGGCGGAGCAAAUCGACACAGAUUCUUGACGAUUCAGAGCAAGCUCAAGAACGCUCUCCACGUUGCCGUGCUUUCUUGCAUUCUGCCUGUUGGCAGCUGCAUCGCACUCGCUGUCACGAGUGCCCAGAAGAAUUUCGACGCGUUGAAUUCGGUGGAUGCGGUCCACUAUGGGAUUUGCACCGUCAACAUCUUGAUUGCACAGCUCCUGCCGAUGCUCUACCAUCCCGAGCAUUCCAGCUUUGAUCCCCAGACAAGAUUCAUCAAGACAAAGAAUCUGAGCACUUCGCCUGGCUCAUCUCGGUCAGGUCGCACUCCUCAGGCCGACGAAGCGGACAUGCACGUCCUGACUACGUUGGACCCGGUGGAGGAACUCGAUCUUCCCAGCCAGACGAGGCAGGAAGACUUGGAGCUCCAGCAAAGCAGAGACACUGCACCAAGCUUGCGCAAGAAUUCGGAGCAUUCGCACAAGUCUCUGCUCGGCACGAUGCAGUACGGACAGACCUUCAACAAAAGCAAUCUCAGCGAAAGCUCGUUCCCCAGGCAUCCUGCCGCAGCGCAUGGCACCUCAUCGAGCACGCAGCUUUGAGCUGUACAAUGCGCCUCGUGCGAUGCUAUGAAGUUCCAUGAGCAACCAUCCUAAAGCUUGCCUAGCUUUCCCGACUCUUCUUCAUGACGCUUGCUGGGACGUGCAAUCGCCCCAUCAUCUCUGUACGCUGUAUCAUAAUUGCCAAUUACAUGUUGAUAACAAAU